GCGGAGGAGCCUGGGUGCUUUCUGUGAGCUUCAUCUCCAGGCCGCCGUGUUUCCCUGUGAAGCUCAGGUCUCCCCCGAGCUGAAAUGGAAGUGCCGGUUGCUGGUGAAUUUCACUGUCUCUCUCUCUCUCUCUCUCUGGCUUGUUAUUUCUCUCUCUCCCUCUGUCCCCACCCCCAGUCAGCUUGUUCCUCUCCUUUAUCUCAUCUCUCACUCUCCCUCUCUCUUUGCCGUUUUUUAACUCCUGAAUUUUCUUGUCUCUCUGAUGCUGCCAGACCUGCUGUGUUUGAUCGGCAACUUUCUGUUUGUGUUUCAAACCUUUUACUGAGGUAUUCCUUGGACAGUGAUGUUCAUGCAGGUUGUACAUGAUUUGUUCGUGAAUGACCAGGUGAUGGAGGACCUAAGCAUGUCGACCAAACUUCAGACCAGUAACAUCACCAACAAAAAUGACCCUCGGUCGAUUAAUUCUCGCGUCUUUAUUGGAAAUCUCAACACAGCUGUGGUGAAGAAAUCUGAUGUUGAGACUAUCUUUGGGCAGUAUGGCAAGGUAGUAGGCUGCUCAGUGCACAAGGGCUACGCCUUCGUUCAGUACACCAACGAGAGAACGGCUCGCGUGGCUGUAGCCGGAGAGAAUCGCCGCGUGCUGGCUGGGCAGACGCUCGAUAUUAAUAUGGCCGGAGAACCCAAACCCAACAGACCCAAAGGACUGAAGAGACCAAGCUCUGCUCUGUACAGCUCAAGCUACGAUUUUGAUUAUGAUUACUUCAGAGACGAUUUCUAUGAGAGAAUGCACGAGUACUCCAGCCGGCCGUCGCUGAUCCCCAGGGCGAUUCCAAUCAAGCGCCCACGAGUGAUCGUCCCCGUGCUGCGCAGAGGGAAGUCUGGGAUCCCCAUGAAACUAAUGGCACGUUCCACGGCUGCGACAAAAAACGCCACAAAGUUAAAACUUAAAUCCAAUGAACUCCAGCGAAUUAAAUUAGAACUCACCCAGAUUAAAUCUAACAUCGACUCGCUGCUUGGAAGGCUGGAGGAGAUCGCAAGGGAGAAAGUGGGUCACACAGAGCCCAGGAAGAAAGCCGCUGAGGUGAGGACUGAGCUCACUCACACAGACUCUGCUUCGGAAACUGCAGAGACACUGACAGACGAACCGCUGGGGGAUGACGGAGAAUGUGAUGAACUCGAACAGGGUGAAGCAACUGAAGACAAUGAGUGCGACAAUGAAAUGGAAACCCAUCACAGAACAGAAACAGAGACAACAUUAGAAUAGAAGACUGCAAAGUGGUGGUUCCCAGCAGGUUAUGAGUAAUAGGGAGACCACAUGCAACCAACUGAGGAGCUCGACACGUAAUUUAGAGAGAAACAAAUACAGAGUAUGCUACCUUCAGCUCAACUACACCAAGUAGAUGAGGGGACAUCUGUAAAACAUUUAGGCAUUUGAUCCUGCAUCAUUGAAGAAAGGUUCAAAAUCUGCUGGUGUGCCAUAGAAGUUGCUGCAAGAAACACCAUACCCUGUGGGCAAGACUGUAGGCUCACUAUCACGGCAAGACUCUCUAGGAUUUGUGACAAGUAUCAGAUUGAAAACUCACUGCUCCCACCUUCUUGAUAAGUACAAACAUUGUCGUCGACUUCCAUCACACGAGAACCUCCGCCCAUAUUUCAUGAAAAGAAUUCCCCGCUCCAAAAUUCUUUUCUUUUUGCCCUUCUCACCUAAACAUUUCCAGGACACUGCCAACCAUUUUACCCAUGAACUAAUGUCAGAGCCAUUUAAGAGCUUUACCUUGUCCUGGCUCAAAAUGUUCACUGCCAGGAGUGUUCAGGAACUGAACUCGCCACCCAAACCCUCGAUGAUAUUGAGACCAUUGUUGCUAGUUUAAAGCCAGAAUCAUUCUACGGUUCCCUCAUACCCCCCAACUCUGACUCCCAGGAGUUACAUUCUUACACACAGUGGGAUAAGUCUAUGAUCUAACUGCCCACCCACACCCCACAAGGUGUUGCCAACUCUGCUCCACCUGGAGGUUUCAUCACAUGACUUCCUCCACACAUCCUGGGCCUCACACUUUGGUCAUUGGCUGUUCAACAUCGCCACUCUCGCAGCCCCCCUCUCGUGCCCACGGCCAAAGGGAAAGCAAAAAAGACACAUGGAAAUAAUAUCCAACUGGUAACAAAAAACUCACAGCCCUUCUGUCUUCCUGUCCCAAAUCCUUCUGCAACCAAUAAGCAGAAGUGACCAAAAGAAAAUGACUGGGAUCUUGCUCCUGGAGAUUCCAGAGCAAUGUUGGAGAGUUGGUAAUGCACAUUAUCCCCAUGAACUAGAGUAAAACUGAUGAUCCUGCUACAGCCAAGAGGUCCUUAUCUGAUACUUCCUUUCUGCAAAUACACUGUGUGGUAAGUUGUAUGAGCAUACAUAAAGUGGGAGCAGGGGUAGGCUUUUCAGAUUCGAAAAUGAAAUUUCAUCCUCUGUGACAUUGAAAAUGAUCAGCAAGUUGCAAACUGCACCAUAAUUUGCAGACCUGUUUUACCAAACUGUUUCUGUCCCUGCCUCAAUCAACUCUUCAACCUUUCAAUUCCUGCCAUUGUUCUGAAUAAGUUUAUCAUUAAUCUAUUGUGACUUGUGAAUUGUAUCUUACUUUAUUUUUUUAAAGCUGGCAGUAUUACAUUUCUUUAAAAUAUUCUUGUGUUUAAAAAGAAGACAAAAUUAAACUGUGAUUGCUAUGGCAACAA